GUUUCUAACAGGCCGCUGCACUUGAUGCUCGUACUGUAGAUUUCCUUCAAAGUGACAAUUGCCAACUGACCGUUUAAUAUCGCUGAACAUGGGCAAUGACGGAGGCAGCAUUCCCACCCGCCGCGAACUCGUGAAAGAGGCGGCUCGCAAUCCUACCGCAACUGAACUCAAGGACAAGCAGAAAGAACACCUUGCGCACCGUUGGUCGACAUGCCCAGUAUCUAACAAGCCUCUGAUUAAACCAGUGGUCUCAGACUAUGCAGGCGACCUCUACAAUAAAGAUGCCAUCAUUCAAUUCCUCCUGCCUGCCGAAGCGAGUUCCGUGGACAAGAGCGAGUACGAAAAGUUCAUCCAAGGACGCAUAAAAGCCUUGAAGGACGUGGUGGAAGUACAGUUUGAAGUCGAGCAUGACGAAAAGACGAAAGAAGAGAGAUGGAUUUGCCCGGUGACAUCGAAGGAGUUGGGUCCCAACGUCAAGGCUGUCUACUUAGUACCAUGCGGCCACGCUUUUUCGCAAGAAGCCAUUCAAGCCAUGAAGAGCGAUGGCAAAUGCGUCCAAUGCGCCACGCCGUACGAAGAACGCGACGUUGUACCGAUUCUACCCAGCACCGAAAAGGACAAGGCUUUUGUAAUUGAACGUAUGAAUACUUUACAGUCUCUAGGCUUGUCUCAUUCCUUGAAGAAAACCAGUGGGAGCAAGAAACGGAAGGCGAACGGGGAGAGUAAGAUCGAGCCAAACAUCACGAAUGCUUCAGGUCCGAAAGAAGUCAAAGCGAAUGGGGACACCAAAGCUGCAGCUGCAACGAAUUCUCGCUCUGCGACGCCACAUUCAGGGACAUCAACGCCGAAACCUUCAAGCGGAAUUCGCAACGCGGCGACAGCAAGUCUUACCGCCCGUGUUCUCGAGGAAGAGGAAGCAAGAAAGAAGCGACGUCGCGAAAACGAGAACAUCAGCUCUUUGUAUACAAAGAGUACCGAUCGUAAAGCAAGAGACGGCGAGUUUAUGACCCGAGGAUUUUCCAUUCCGGCGAAUGCACGACAUCAGUGAUUGAUAAAACGGCAUCUCUCUCUGUUAUACUUAGCUCGCUGUACAUGGUCAGCCUUAUUUCGCCUGCUACCACAGGCUAGGAGACGGACGCCAGUGCAGGUACCCGACAUGUACAACUUCAUGCUCUGGUGUUACGGAGACCCUGCAUAAGAUUGUGCGCCCCCUCCGAUAUACUUGUCAUCUCAUGAGAUCUCGCUCCUGGAAAGGAAACAUCGACUUGGUCUGCAACGACUUAUAUCCAGUCAAUCACUCACAGCCACGGCUCUCUUCAGUGCUUGUACAUCAUUAGAGAAGACUCCCAAAGUUCCAGCGCGAAGCUGCAUGAUCUCUGACGGGAGAACAAUGUGGCCGUCAUCAACGUGACGGCGGAGAGAAUUUGAAACCCAAGUUAUUCCUGCAUAGAGUUAAUCUUGCCAGCCAACUUGCAGAAUAACUCCCUCACUACGCAUUCGAAUACACUUGGCAGGUCCUCUUCGGGGCCGGAAUGAAUCCUUUCGCAUUCAGAGACCAGUUGGGAAUAGAGAAUGGCUUACAAGUUCCUUGAACAUGGGAUCUUGGUCACCACGAUAUUUGCUUCGUGGUGAUAGUACCCGUUUACGGUACUUGGUCGCCCUCUGAUAACACUUGGCGCACGUCUCAGCUGAGCUUCUUGAAACCAUUGCGCAGUUAACAUGACCCUAAUCUGGCAAAUAAUCUCCUACAGCAUACCUCGCGCAUAAUGUGCCUGUGGACUAAGGAGGAAAUAGCGCUUGAUGGCGUCGAUUGGACAACAGACGUUGCGCCAUGUGCACUGGAUGAUGUUCCAUCCAAUCUGUCAGCAGAUUGCCAAUCGCGUCUUAUACAAGGUACAAUACUCGUGCAUGGGUGAUGAUCUCGUCGGCAGGUACCACAAGCCUGGUCCCAAGGUACACUAAAGAGUCCUGCUCGAUGGGAAAGUAAUGCGCUGAAUACCCCCGGGCGGUCCUAGUCAAGGCAUGGCAGGUACUUCUUCCGGCUAGCCUGGGUGGUCUGUUCAGUCGGGCAUCCGAUUCCCGAAGCCCGGUUGUCUCCAUCAUCAUCAUGCAAGGCUGGCUCAUCUUGGCGACCUGUGUUAUACCAAGUACCUACGGAGUAGUAACAGGCGGGUUUUCGACAACAGGCUCGGCCAACGUGCGCUAUACAAUGCCUCGUUAUUGAACAUGAGUAGUUUUUUAGUGGCUUGGUCAUGACGGAACCUUCAAUUUGCACCUGUGCUCCGCCAAUUGCGUUGCAGAGAUAAUUUCCUAUCGUUGUCUGCAAGAUGGCCUUCGAAGAAGAGAUAAAUAGAUGACCUGCCUGCUUCUUACGAGCGAGAAAUCUCAAUUCGUUUCUCAGAA